CUGGUUUUGCUCCUUUAUCUUCUCCUUCCCCAGCAGGUAAGGGGCCAUGAGAAGACAGCGGCCAUGCCCACGGUGGGCUCUCCCUCCAUGGGAUGCAGGAAUUCUGUCCGUGUGAUACCGGCAGCAGAGCUGCUGGCUUAGUUCCUGUGGGUAUGGCUAGCCAGAUGGGGCUGAAUGCCACAGCCAGCCUGGAGUACCCCACCAUUCCAGAGCAGUCCACAGCACAGGAGGUGCUGGGCCUCCUCUGCAUGGUCCUGCUCACUAUCACUGCCCUAGUGGCCAAUGUGGUGGUGAUGGUGGUCAUCCUGAAGACACCCCUCGUCCGCAAGUUCAUCUUUGUCUGCCACCUCUGCGUGGUUGACCUCCUCUCUGCCAUCUUCCUCAUGCCUCUGGGGAUCAUCUCCAGCUCCUCCUGCUUCGACAGGGUCAUCUACAGCAUCGCUGAGUGCCAGGCCUUGAUAUUCCUUAACGUCUGUUUCAUCAGCGCCUCCAUCCUCACCGUCUCCAUCAUCAGUGUUGAGCGGUACUACUACAUCGUCCACCCCCUGCGCUACGAGGUCAAGAUGACCAUCAGGCUGGCUGUGGCCGGGGUUAUCCUCAUUUGGGUCAAGUCUGUCCUCAUCACCAUCCUGGCACUGGUGGGCUGGCCUCAAGACAACGGGGCCACCAGCGCCAGCCGCUGUACGGUCUAUUGGAGCCCUGGGGCCCACAAGAAGGCUUUUGUCAUCAUCUUUAGCAUCACCUGCUUCAUCCUGCCCACCAUUAUCAUCUUUGCCGUCUACUGCAGUGUCUACCGGGUGGCCCGGCUGGCAGCCCUACAGCACACACCUGCCCCGGCGGCUGCCCCACGGCCCCGUUGUGACUCCAUUGCCAGCCAACUGACCAUCGUCACCAUGCGGAACCUGCCGCUGCCCCGGCUGGCACCUGAACGCUUUUUGGGAGGGAACAAGGCCAUCCUCACCUUGCUGCUCAUCGUGGGACAGUUCCUGUGCUGCUGGCUGCCCUUCUUUGCCUUCCACCUGCACUCCUCUGUGGGUGCCGCUGCGGAGGGAGGUGGGCACAGCGAGAUGGUGGUCACCUGGAUUGCCUACUCCUCCUUCGCCAUCAACCCCUUCUUCUAUGGGCUGCUUAACCGACAGAUCCGCCAGGAGCUGGCCCGGCUCUGGCGCAGUCUCCUCCACCGUCCGCUGGGCCAAGAGCUGUGCUUGGCCAUUUCUGAGGCCUCUGUCCAGGAAAACGUCCUGCAGUUCCUCCAGAGGGCUACCUGCACGCUGGAAACCCAUGCUGGGUGCAUCAGCCCCAGGAACAAGCUGGAGCAGGACAAGGGGGGCUGCCCCAUCCCAGGCCAGGUUCCCGAAGAGAGCGUCCAAGAGCAGAGCUCCGUGCCACUGUAGCUCUGGGAACCAUCCUUUUUGCUCCUGGUCCACGUUUUGCCUGCUGUCCCAGUCUGCAUGCUGGAGGAAGGGCUCUUGGCCGCAUUUCGGGUGCUGUCAUUUCCAUUCUGCAUGCUGGGAACAUCCCUGGCUCCUGCAGCACAUGGGACAUAGGAAGCUGAGGAGCUACAGCUUGGGGGACCAUUCCCCUGUGGAACUUCUGCCAGGGUCACCCUGCACCCUCCCCAGCUCAGAUAACACCACUAACACCAUAACACCAGUGCCCAUGGUGCCCAGUAACCUCCCCUCCUGAAAGUCAGGAUGCUGCUGGGGGGGAUGCUGUGCCCCCAGUCUCCAAAAACAGGAAACCCUAC